AUGGCGAUCUGGAACAGGAAGAGCACCGGCUCUUCCGACCAUAGCUCGCCUCAACGCGAUACUGAGAAGCAACCCUACGCCGAUGAAGGACAGCUUGGGGGACCUGGCGUGCCGCCAGGGGAGGGCGUACUCGAGGACCCCAAGAGCCACGAGCAGCUGCAUCGAGGUCUGAAGGCGCGACACAUUACUAUGAUUGCGAUUGGUGGUGCUAUUGGUACUGGUCUCAUCAUCGGCACAGGUGCUGGAUUGGCAAGGGCCGGUCCUGGUUCAAUCCUGAUAGCGUACACCAUCGUCGGUUUCCUCGUCUUCCUCGUCAUGUCCGGUCUCGGCGAAAUGGCCGCCUGGCUUCCGCUGGGCAGCGGUUUCUCGGGCUAUGCGACCCGCUUCUGCGACCCAGCUCUCGGUUUCGCCCUUGGUUAUACCUACUGGUUCAAGUACAUCAUCGUAACGCCAAAUCAGCUCACGGCCGCUGCACUCGUGAUACAGUUUUGGGUGCCUCGAGACAAAGUCAACCCGGGAGUCUUCAUCGCCGUGUUCCUCGUCGUAAUCGUCUGCAUCAACUACUUCGGAGUGAAGUUCUUCGGCGAGUUCGAGUUCUGGCUCAGCAGCUUGAAAGUCUUAGUCAUUGUUGGUCUGAUCAUCUUAUCGUUGGUGCUUGCCCUCGGCGGCGGACCAAACGGGGACAGGACCGGCUUCAGAUAUUGGCGGGACCCUGGUGCAUUCAAGGAGUACCUUGACACUGGCGCGCUUGGCCGCUUCCUCGGCCUCUGGAGCUCGAUGAUCACGGCCGUCUUCGCCUACCUAGGCACCGAGCUUGUUGGUGUGACCGUCGGCGAGGCACAAAACCCGCGCAAGACGGUUCCCCGCGCCAUCAAACUUACCUUCUACCGGAUUCUCUUUUUCUACGUGCUAUCCGUCCUGCUCCUCGGCAUGAUCGUCCCAUACGACAGUCCUGAACUCGCCUUUGCGACCAAAGCCUCUUCCUCAGCCGCCGCAUCUCCCUUCGUCGUCGCCAUCCAGCUGGCCGGUAUUGACGUCCUCCCCGGCUUCCUGAACGGCUGCAUCUUGCUCUUCGUCUUCAGCGCCGCCAACUCGGAUUUGUACAUCGCCAGCCGCACCAUCUACGGACUGGCUUCGCAAGGCAAAGCGCCGCGCAUCCUCGCCCGCACAGACAAGCGUGGUGUCCCCGUCUACAGCCUCGGUCUUAGCACGCUGUUCUGCCUGCUCGCGUUCAUGAACGUUGCCGACGAUUCGCGCAGCGUCUUCUUGUAUUUCGUGAACCUUGUAACGGUCUUCGGCCUCCUAACCUGGAUCUCGAUCCUCGUAACCCACAUCUACUUUGUGCGGGCCCGCGUCGCGCAAAACGUACCCCGCGAGUCCCUCGCCUACAUCGCCCCCUUCCGCGUCUGGGGCUCCUACGGCGCCCUCUUCUUCUGCAUCCUCAUCUGCCUGACCAAGAACUACAACGUCUUCGUCGGCACAUUCGCCUACAAGGACUUCGUCACGGGAUAUAUCGGCAUCCCGCUCUACCUCAUCAUGAUUGCCGGCUACAAGUUGUGGACCAAGGAGCCGGGCGUCAAGCCUGAGACGGCGGAUUUGUGGACGGGCAAAGAUGUCAUUGAUCGUGAAGAGCAGGAGUUCUUAGCAAGGAAGGCGGAGAAGCAGGCUUUGAAGGGAAAGAAUAAGGGUGGUUGGUUCUACAGAACCUUUAUUGGGUGGCUGUUCUAA